AUGAUCAGGAAUGAAGAAGCUCUAAGCUCAUGGAAUGAUUCCUUUCAUUUCUGUGAUUGGAGUGGUAUUUCAUGUGGGAAGCGCCACAGAAGAGUCAUUGUUCUACAACUGAGUUCCAAAGGCCUAGAAGGCUCGUUGUCUCCACAUGUAGGGAACCUCAGUUUCCUUCGUUUAUUUAGUCUCUGGAACAACAGCUUUCAAGGAACGAUCCCGCAUGAACUCGGUCGUCUAUCCAGGCUACGUGUUCUGGAUCUUAGCAAUAACAAAUUUAGUGGAGUCAUUCCAACUAACUUGUCUGGUUGUUCUAACCUUGAAAAGCUUGGCCUUGAUGAUAACAAGCUGGUUGGAAGCAUACCCAAAGAGAUUAGUUUCCUCUCCAAACUUACUGAAUUGGUAUUUGGUAGAAAUAAUUUAACAGGUGGAAUCCCGCAUGUCUUGGGGAAUAUAACAUCAAUGGAAGUGCUCUCUGCUGAUGAAAAUCCAUUGGGUGGGAGCAUUCCAGACUCCUUAGGCCAUUGGAAAAGCUUAACAGGUUUUGGUUGUGGUCGUUGUAAUUUAUUUGGAACCAUCCCUCAUUCCAUUUAUAACCUCUCACUCCUAACUCAUUUUUCCUUGCCUUGGAAUCAGCUUACUGGUACUCUUCCCUUGCCGUUAGGUUCAAUGCUCCCUCAUCUUGAGUACCUUCAGAUAUGGGGUAACCAACUGACUGGACCUCUUCCACCCUCGAUAUCUAAUUGUUCGAAAUUACAACAUCUUGAAAUGCAAGCAAACAAUUUUAGUGGGAAGUUGACGAUUGACUUUGCAAAACUAAAAGAUAUCCGUGUGAUAUCCCUUGGUGGUUACUUUAAUGGUAACAUGGGUGGACUCGGAGAAGGUGAUGAUAUGAGGUUUAUUGAUACUUUGAAAAACUGCAGCCAAUUAGGGUCUUUGCAGGUUUCUAAUUCCAAGAUUCAAGGAGUGCUGCCCACAUCGAUUGGAGAAAUCCCUUCCACCAUUGGUCAGCUUCAAAAUCUACAAUCUACUGAUCUAUAUGACAACCAAUUUUCCGGGGCGAUUCCAGAUUCCAUUGGAAACUUAUCAUUGUUGAUUAACCUUGAUUUAAGUUCCAACGGAUUAGAAUCGCAUAUUCCAUCAAGCCUGGAAAAUUGUCAUCGUCUAUUACAAUUGCAACUUGCUCACAAUAAGCUCAGUGGCAAAAUUCCUAAACAACUUGUUCAACUUUCAUCUCUAGCCGUAGUAUUAAAUCUUUCUCAAAACAACCUCAUUGACUCACUUCCAAUAGAGGUUGGCCAACUCAAGAUGCUGAGUGCUCUGGAUUUAUCUGAUAAUAAUUUAUCAGGAAACAUUCCUAGUAGCCUUGGUGAUUGCACUAGCCUUUCAUUCUUAUCCCUCAAAGGCAACUCAUUUCAAGGCAUAGUACCAUCGUCAAUAAUUUCAAUGAGAGGAGUUGAGAUACUCGAUCUCUCUCAUAAUAAUUUAUCAGGCCAAAUCCCUCAAUUCAUGGAACGGUUUUCAUUCGUAUAUGUAAACCUAUCAUUUAAUGAUUUUGAGGGUGAAUUACCAGUGCUAGGAGUGUUUGCCAAUGUCAGUGCAUUCUCUGUUAUGGGUAAUAGGAGGCUUUGUGGUGGCUUGCCUGAACUUGGGUUACCCAAAUGCAAGAAGACAAAAAAACAUCAAAAAGAGUUUCCUUUGUCCAUCAUAUUCAUUAUAAUUGCGUUCACAAUUUUCAGCAUUCUAUGUUUAGUGUAUGUUUGGUAUAAGAAAAGGAAGGCCCCAUCAUCUCAAUCACUUAGGGAUGAACAAUUCAUGAAAGUAUCAUAUGGUGAACUUCUCAAGGCUACCAAUGGAUUCUCCGAAGCCAAUUUGAUUGGCGAGGGUGGGUUUGGCUCUGUUUACAAAGGAGUCCUUGACGAUCACGAUGGUAGAAUUGUUGCAGUCAAAGUUAUACAUCUUCAAAACCGAGGUGCUCACAAAAGCUUUAUAGCGGAAUGUGAAGCAUGGCGGAAUAUCCGACACCGGAAUCUGUUGAAGAUAAUAACUUCAUGUUCAAGUCUUGACUUUCAAGGCAAUGACUUCAAAGCUUUGGUAUACGAGUUCAUGCCUAAUGGUAGUCUACAUGAUUGGUUGCAUUCAAGUGCAAGUACAUCCAGACUCAACCUUCUUCAAAGAAUAAAAAUCCUCCUUGAUGUUGCAUCUGCACUUGAUUAUCUUCACAAUCACUGCCUACCAACCAUUGUUCACUGUGACCUGAAGCCUAGCAACAUUCUCCUAGAUGAUGAUUUGGUGGCUCAUGUUGGAGAUUUUGGGUUAGCUCGAUUUCUUGGAACAAAUUCAGACCAAAACAGCACAAGUGGCAUUAGAGGAACAAUUGGGUUUGCACCUCCAGAGUAUGGUGUUGGGAGUGAGAUGACAAGUAGUGGGGAUGUCUAUAGUUUUGGAAUACUAUUGUUGGAGGUGAUGACAGGAAAGAGGCCAACAGACAACAUCUUUAAUGAAGGCCUCAGCCUUCAUAAAGUUGCACACAUGGCCUUGCCAGACCAUGUAAUCGAUGUUAUUGAUGAUGACCUUCUGAAUUUACUUCAAGAAGAAGUUAUUGCUACGCAAUGUACGGAAGCAAAACCAAAGAAAAUAGAGGAAUGUGUGGCCUCAACGGUCAAGAUUGGAGUAUCAUGCUCUAUGGAUUCCCCACCACAACGGAUGAAUAUUGGAAAUGUUGUCCUGAACAAGAACAAUUUUAGGGGGAAGUUGGCAAUCAACUUUGCAAGACUAAAAGAUAUCCAUAACUUAAUCUUGGGUGAUAACAUCUUUGGAUCUGGAGAAGCUGAUGAUAUGAAGUUUAUUGAUACUCUGAAAAACUGUAGCAAAUUAGAUUAUUUGGAUUUUCGCAAUUGCAAGUUUCAAGGAGUGUUGCCCGUAUCAAUUGGUAAUCUUUCUGAUCAGCUCCGUUAUCUUGUUAUACAGGGAAAUCAUCUAUAUGGACGCCUCCCUUCAAGUGUAGGUAAUCUGGUCGGCUUGACCUCUUUGGAUUUAUCAGUUAACCUAUUCACUGGAGUAAUCCCAUCCACCAUUGGUAAGCUUCAAAAGCUACAAGAAGCUUAUCUACUAGGGAACCAAUUUUCAGGGCCGAUUCCACAUGCCCUCGGGAACUUAUCAUUGUUGACUAGACUUUGGUUAAGCUCCAACAGAUUGGAACCGGAUAUUCCAUCCACCCUGGGAAAUUGUCAUAAUUUGUUCGAGAUUGUAGGAUAA